AUGAAGGCACAAGUGGUUAUGGGAGUCACGGCUACAGCCACAGCCGCUGCUGUUGCUGCCAACAGGAAUGUUGUCGCAGUAAACGCGGCAAGAAACGUAGCGGUGAAUGCAGCGAGAACGGUGGCAGGAAUUGUGCCAGACACUGUAGCAGAUACGUUAGCAGGAACUGUAGCUGGAACUGUUGCAGGAGAUGUAGCAGUGAAUGUAGCGCGAUCUGUGGCACGUACUUUCUCUCCCCAGUCCUCUCUCCUCAGCCAGCGCAACGGUCCUGCUGUGUUGACUCUCAAGCCAAAUCUUCCUCCUCUAUCCCCUCCUGUCACCAACCCAUCGCGACCUCCUCCCCUCAAUCCCUCGUCUCAAUCCCCUCGCCCCACUCCCUCGUCUCAAUCCCCUGGUCCCACUUCCUCAUCUCGACCCCCUCCUAUCACUACCGCGUCUCGAUCCCCGCCUCUCACUCCCUCGUCUCAAUCUCCCCGUCACACUUUUGCGUCUCGCACCCCUCCUCUUAGUCCCUCAUCUCGACCCCCUCCUCUCGCUCCCCCAUCUCAAUCCCCUCGUCUCGCCUCAUCUCGUCCCCCUCCUCUCAGUACCUCCUCUCAAUCCCCUCCUCUCACUCCCUCAUCUCGCACCCCUCCUCUCAGUCCCUCAUCUCAACCCCCACCUCUUGCUCCCUCGCUGCGAUCCCUUCGUUCCACUCCCCCAUCUCGAUCCCCUCCUCUCAAUCCCUCGUCCCAAUCCCCUCGCCUCGCCUCAUCUCGUCCCCCUCCUCUCACUACCUCGUCUCGCUCCCCUCCUCUCACACCCUCCUCUCGAUCCCCCCCUCUCACUCCCUCAUCCCUGUCCCCUCCUCUCACUCCCUCUCACUCCUCCACCACCUCCCUAUCCCCCUCUGCUCGCCCCUCCAUCCUGAAAGCACCUGCUACCUCCAUGGCUUCUUCUCCCAGAUUUGGCAAGCGGGUUUCCUGGAACCUUCACCCAGAUAGCCCAUUCCCCCCUGCCAGUGCAACAUCUGGGGGGGCUAGAUCACCAAGGGGAGGGGGCCCUAAAUCAGCAGAAGAAGGGGGGUACCGGGCCAUUGCACGAAGGGCAUUGUGGCAUGGAGACACCUCUGAUGACAUGCUUGCUGAUAACAUCCUUGCUGCUGACAUCCGACCUGCUGCUGACAUCCGUCCUGCUGCUGACAUCCGACCAGCUGCUGACAUCCGUCCUGCUGCUGACAUGCGUCUUGCUGCUGUCAUCCGUCCUGCUGCUGACAUCCAACCUGCUGCUGACAUCCGUCCUGCUGCUGACAUCUGUCCUGCUGCUGACAUCCGUUCUGCUGCUGACAUCCGUUCUGCUGCUGACAUCCGUUCUGCUGCUGACAUCCGUUCUGCUGUUGACAUCCGUGCUGCUGCGCCUGCAGUGUGCCAGGUCUCGCUCGUCGAUGACGCCCCGUUCGUCGCAGCGAUCGCCACGUCCAUCGCACUCUCAGCCGCGCCGCUCGUCCUACCGUCGCUCCCGCUCCUUUCGGGAAAGACGAAAGGAUCGGACGAUGACGAUGCUGCAGCAGCGGCGGCCGCGGCGCUGCUGGCCGCGGGAGUAGGGGUGGGGGACGGGAAGGGGGAGGCGGAGGGGGAGGAGGCGGAAGGGGCGAUGUCUUUGGGGGAGUUGCGCGCGGGGGUGAUGACGGUGUGCUGGGUGCUGGCGUGGAUCGACUCCCGUGAUGUCAAGUACAUCCUCUUUGCGGCGGUCUAUGCCGCACCGUAUGCCAGGGGCGGUCUCACCCUGGCAAUGGACGGCAACUGGCUCCCUCUCUUCAGCAUUGCAGCAUGUGCAUUGCAUGUCCAGGUUGACAAUGUAGCUGUGGAGCGAAGGAAGCUGGCCUCCAAGAUUAAGUGCGCCAAGAAAAGGGGCAGUCUUCCAGGUAGUGCCAAGGACAAGGGCAGCAACACAAAGCAGAGCAAGUGA